AUGGGGGAGGAGGGAGGGAAGUGGGGGGCUGCGUGGGGGAGGGGUGGCCGAGAUUUGGGGAGGGGGACGGAGGACUCACCUCGAUCAUCUUGGGGGGGGGUCCCCCCAACCACCCACCCCCGGCCUUGCAGGGAUGUUGUCAAGGAACGGGGUCCCGUGCAAGAGGACAGUGGCAGCAACGAGGUCUCGGUGCGCUCCAGGAAAAGAAAGGCCAAUGUGGCCGUGUUUUUGCAGGAUCCAGAUGAAGAAAUUGCCAAAAUUGACCGGGCUACGACAAGCCAAUGUAGUAAUACACUGCCACGGGACAAUAAUAAUAAAGCAGUCUGUGUAAACCCCUGCUCCUUGAUUCCCACACCUGACAAAGAAGAAGAUGAGCUGAUCAACUCAACCUCUGUGUCUGAUCCUCAGAGCUUUGCCCCAUCUAGAGCCUCACCACUGCCUAUACUGAAUUGGGCAAAUAGAGAGGAGGUUUGGAAAAUAAUGUUAAACAAGGAAAAGACCUACUUAAGAGAUAAGCACUUUAUGCAGCGACAUCCUCUUCUGCAGCCUAAAAUGCGAGCAAUUCUCCUGGAUUGGUUGAUGGAGGUGUGUGAAGUCUAUAAACUUCACAGAGAGACAUUUUACUUGGCACAGGAUUUCUUUGAUCGGUACAUGGCAACACAACAAAAUAUUGUAAAAACCCUUUUGCAACUUAUUGGAAUUUCAUCUUUAUUUAUUGCUGCCAAACUUGAGGAAAUCUAUCCUCCCAAGUUGCACCAGUUUGCUUAUGUUACGGAUGGGGCUUGUUCAGGAGAUCAAAUUCUUAACAUGGAAUUGAUCAUCAUGCAAUCCCUAAAUUGGCAGUUAAGUCCCCUGACCAUUGUGUCCUGGCUGAAUGUAUACAUGCAGGUGGCAUAUCUAAAUGAUGUUUAUGAAGUGCUCUUGCCACAGUAUCCUCAGCAGAUCUUCAUACAGAUUGCAGAGCUUUUAGAUCUCUGUGUUCUGGAUGUUGGCUGCUUAGAAUUUUCCUAUGGUAUUCUUGCUGCUUCUGCCUUGUAUCAUUUCUCUUCCUCUGAAUUGAUGCAAAAAGUUUCAGGGUAUCAGUGGUGUGAUAUAGAGAAGUGUGUCAAGUGGAUGGUUCCAUUUGCCAUGGUUAUAAGGGAGACAGGAAGUUCAAAACUUAAGCUCUUCAGGGGUGUUCCUAUUGAAGAUGCACAUAACAUCCAGACCCACAUAAAUAGUUUGGAUUUGCUGGACAAAGCCCAAGCCAAGAAAGCCAUAUUGUCUGAACAAAGUAGAAUUUCUCCUCUCCCUUCUGGGGUCCUCACUCCCCCACAGAGCAGUGAGAAGCAGAGCAAUGAGCAGGAAACAGCAUGACCGCACCAGCAUUCUCCACCAAAGACAGUUGUGCAGAAAUUCCUGUUACAAGUUCUCUUCUGUCUAUGGCAGCAGAGACAUGCACUAGACUAGCUUUUACAGAUAUUUAAGUGGAAGAACAUGUCUUUUCUGCAACAGAAGUGUUUCGUUGAUGGCAUUGGACAGGGAGAAGUGUUUUUAUUGAAUACUUAGAUUUUUUUAAAAAUAUAUGGGUCAAGUACACCAGCCACCUCCAGAACACCAAUGAGUGCUCCAGAUGCUGCUAAGGAGGGUGAUACUUGACUUCAUUGACUAUUUACACAAAUAACAAUGGCUUGAAGUUGAGGAGUGCCAUGUUGCUUUUGGUCUCCUAUCGGGUGUUCUGGAUUUUGUUGAACUAAAUGGAACAGACAGUUGUGAGCAUUAUGAUGUGAGCAGCCUGCAACCAGCUGUGCUGGGGGCUUGCCCUUUCACACGAUCAGUUGACAAUGUACAAUGCCUUUUAUGAACUGUUAUUUUCUAAGUGCUGCUAUGUCUAUCCGUUUUUUAAUAAAGGUAACACUGUCUUUGAGACA